AUGCCUCGAUCCCCUGAGGAUAGCGACACGACUGACCUUGGUUAUUUUGCUGUCACUGAGGAUGAUGAGGACGACAUUGAGAUCCUUGCUGAGCCCUGGCAUAGAUAUAAGACAGCAGGAGACUCCCGCACAUUUUAUCCCAUUUGUAUUGGAGAAGUACUUAACCAAAGGUACCGCAUUGAUCAUAAACUUGGUCACGGCCACUUCUCUACUGUCUGGAUGGCAUAUGACCUUGAGACUAAGAGUGAUGUCGCCGUCAAAGUACUGGCCUCGGGGGAAAACUCUGGAGAACAUGAAGUCGAUAUGCAAGAAGAAAUUCGCAAAAGUGUGCAGGACACCUCCCACCUUGUGACAUCUCUGGCAACCUUCAUUCUUCCUGUUCCUGCGGGCAAAUCUUCUCACCGAGUCCUGGUAUUUCCUCUGAGAGGUCGAUCCCUGGGCAGUAUACAUGUGAACAGGACGUUGCCAAUGUCAACUCGCAUGUCCGCUGCUCGGCAAUUACUGAAGGCUUUAGAAAGCCUACACAGUGCUGGGAUUGUGCACCGCGACCUAAAUAGUCAAAAUUGUAUGUGGGGUGUAGAACCACUUCACCAUCUCAACAAAGCUGCUAAGUACAAAAUUCUUGGCCGACCACUCAAGCAGAUUAUCCCAUAUGUACAACUCUGGAAACAAGGAGAGCUUGUUAAACCCCUAGUGUUCCCCGAGAACUUACGCACUGAGGAUUUCUAUCUUGGUGACUUUGGCCUGGCAAUGAGGCUCGAAGGCCCAGCAACUCAAGGCCGCCCACCCAGCAUGUACUGUUCACCCGAGCGACUUCACAACAAGCCUCCAAGCUUUGCUUGUGACAUGUGGAGCUAUAUGUGUGUUUUUUCAGUGCUUUACCUAGGUUUUGUCCCUUUCAAUACCUUGUCACGUGGCGGGAUAGUAAGCUCUAUGGUUCUCACCCUAGGCCCUCUUCCCCAAGAAUGGAAAGGCUUAUAUGUUGACCCCGAGAGCAGCCUUGACAUGUGGUAUGAUCAGAAUAGAAAGCCAGCCCCAGAAGACUCCCUUGAAGCAAAUAUUGCAUACCGGCGUCCGGAAUCUGAUCCUGUUGAACGACAACAUGCACUCUCUGUCUUGUCAAGAGGGUUUAGUUAUGUUCCUGAGGAGCGGCCAACUGCAACACAGCUUCUGCAAGAUCCAUCGUUUAUAGCUCUUGUGGACAAGUACUGUUGA